UUAUUUACUUAUUAUUUUUUUUUGUUUUGAAAGUUUUUUUAUAUAUAUUUUUAAAUUCUUGUUUUCCUGCAUAUUAUUCAUUGUGCUUGAUAUAUAUAUAUUUAUAUAUAUAUAUAUAUAUAUAUACAUACCCUUAAAAGUUUUGCUUGUUCGAUUGUCGAAUUGUUGUGUUUUUAAAAUUGUGCAUACACAUAUGUACAUAUAUAUAAUAAUACAUAUGCACAUCACAUAUAAGUUGAUUCAAUAGUUUAACGUGUUUCUUUAUGCACGGUGACUAUGGUGGAUGCCACCACUCUUUUACUUGUUGUAAUUACGAUACUGACGGGUAUGUUUAUAUGGUCGCGUCGCACUAAUGUGUAUUGGCGUCGCAGACGCGUUAAAUUUGUGCCACCUUCGUAUUUUCUGGGCAAUCUCAAGGAUGUGCUUAAAAUGCAAAACUCCUUCGCUUUACAAUUACGUGAUUAUUAUUUCAAUGAACGUUUCACGCGGGAACCGCUGGUCGGUAUUUAUUUAUUUCAUCAGCCGGCGUUACUGUUACGCGAUUUGCGUUUAAUACAUACCGUGUUAGUUGAAGAUUAUGUGAAUUUCUCACAUCGUUUUGCCCAGUGCGACCGCGCUCAAGAUAAGAUGGGUGCUUUGAAUUUAUUCUUCGCUCGAAAUCCUGAAUGGCGAGACAUCCGCACGAAAUUGGCGCCAGUUUUUAGUGCGGGGAAAAUGCGCCAAAUGUUUUCUCUCAUGGAAGAGAUUGGCUACGAUUUGGAAACCUAUUUAGCGAAGCUAACUAAGGAUAUAAAAAAUAAAAAUGCUCGCAGCACUAUAGUGCAGAUAAAAGAUAUUUGCGAUCUCUACAAUACGGAUAUGAUUGCCAGCAUAGCGUUCGGUUUGAAAACUUACAGUCUACGCAAUACAGUACGUUCGCAAUUGGGUGGUCACAGUCAUGACAUGUUUGUAAUCUCUUAUAGACAUGCUUUGGAUUUAUGUUUGAUAUUUUUGUGUCCCAAACUAGUAAAACUGAUACGACCCAAAUUGUUUACUGCCGAGCAUACACAGUUUUUGAGAAAUCUGGUGCUGAGUAUGUUAGAGGAACGGGAACGAUCGGGUAUCAUGCGUAACGAUCUGAUUGAAACGUUACUUACGCUCAAGAAAGAGGCUGCCUUGCAUCAAGACACAUCUCAUUUUGGACAUCAGCCAGACUAUCUGGUAGCUCAAGCCGCCACCUUUGAAUUGGCCGGCAUACAAACAUGUUCAAGCACUUUGGCAUUUGCAUUAUAUGAACUGGCUCGACAUCCUGCAAUACAAGAGCGUUUACAUGCCGAAAUUUUUAGGAUUUUAGGAAACGAUGAAGCUACGUUAACUUAUGAAAAGGUAGAACAUAUGACCUAUUUACGCAUGGUAAUUGAGGAAACAUUACGCAAAUACCCGAUUGUGCCAUUCUUAGAGAGGCAAUGCACACCAUUGCACAAGAAACGUUUCGUUACAUUUCGUCCUCUUGCCGAAUGUAUGGCCCGUCGUGGUAUGCCGGUAUUUAUAUCAAAUUUAGCCAUACACUAUGAUCCUCAGUUUUGGCCUAAUCCUGAGGAAUUCGAUCCAGAGCGUUUUUCACUCGAACAAAAGAAAACUCAUUUACCAAUGACUUAUUUACCCUUUGGCGCCGGACCGCAUCAAUGCAUUGGUAUGCCGGUAGCACAUAUGCAAAUAAAAUUAGGCAUAAUACAUUUUCUACGUCGUCACCGUUUGGAGAUUUGCGAUAAGACAGUCGAAAAUAUCACGUUUGACAAACGCUAUGCGCUACUGAGUCAAGAAGGCGGUAUCUACUUAAAACUUGUGAAAAUAUGAUUUUUAUAAUAAAUUUACAUUACAUUUUUAUACAAACACUUUUGGAAAUUAUAUUUAUCCGCCGUUAUCUUACAAUAGACACGAUUAUCUUGAAUUUUGUGAACCAUAGCCUGUAAAGAUUAUACUAAACCUGACAGGAAAUGCAAUCAAGCAAUCAAGACAUUUAAACAUUAUUUGCAAUUUCAUUUUUUAUAAUCAAGUAUCGAGCUUAAUAUAGCAUAGCGUACAUGAGUUUAGCUUGAAUGAACGAAACGAUUAUAAAUAUUUUCCAUUCACAGCGCAAGUUAAGUAUCAUUUAAACCACCUAAUAUUGCCAAUGUAUACAAUGCUUUUGUUGUUGUUGUUGUUGUUGUUGUUAUUGUUAUUGUUUUUAUUUUUUUUUACUUAAAGCGUAAACAAACACUAUUGACUAUCGUUACUAUAAACAAAUAAUAAAUACAACAAAGAUCAAUGGGUAAUUGGACUAUCGACACAAAUGUUUACAUAUAUGUAUGUAU